AAAAUAGAAAUGUCAAAAAUUCCAACCUUUUUGAGGGGGAUAUGCUUCUAACUCCAUCUCAACGGUACGCGGCCAUGGUAGGAGGUGAUGUCAGUAAAGCAGAAAUGGGACGAGCUUCAGUGUUUAAGAACCUCUGGCCUGGUGCUGUACUGCCUUACGUCAUUGACAACGAACUCAAACGAAGCAGUCGUGCAAUGAAUGCUAUCCGUGAGUCAAUGAAGAUUUGGGAAACCAAGACAUGCGUUCGAUUCAAGCAAAGGACCACGGAAAGAAACUACGCCUAUUUUCAUAAAGGAGCAGGGUGCACGUCAUAUGUUGGGGUGCAAGGUGGUCGACAAAUGAUAUCUCUGGCUUCAGGAUGUUGGCACACAUACAUUACAGUACAUGAAAUAGGUCAUUGUCUUGGUUUUUACCAUGAGCAGUCCAGACCAGACCGAGAUAACUACGUCAACAUUUACUGGAACAACAUCUAUCCYCAGUACAAGUUCGCGUUUAACAAGUAUCCCAGGAGCACUAUUGACAGCUUGGGAACACCUUAUGACUACAAAAGUAUUAUGCAUUACGAAGCAUAUGACUUCAGCAAAAACAGACGAGUGACUAUUGCAGCUAAAAAGUCUGGGAUCGUCCUCAGUAACAGGGUUGGACCUACCGAUAUCGACAUCAAACAGAUGAACUUGAUGUACAAGUGUAGCGGUGGCGGUGGCGGUGGUGGUGGCGGUGGUGGU